AUGGACAACAUUCACGAGACUGAUCCUGGAAUGCAAAUGGGCGAUGGAGAGAAUGAACUCCAUAUGCCUUAUGAGCAUCACCAUCAGCAUCAGGGGAUGAGUAAUGGGAGUUUGAUGAACGAUGGCGAAGAGCACAACCAUUGCCAUGACAACAAUGGUAUUGGGAGUGACACCAUGACAGAGGUGGACGUAGAUCAGGGUAAUUUUUCAGAUACCCAGGUUAUGAUGGUGGCUGAUCACAGUAUUGAAAAUGGCGAUCAGCUCACUCUUUCCUUUCAGGGUCAAGUUUAUGUCUUUGAUUCUGUUUCACCAGAGAAGGUUCAAGCUGUGCUAUUAUUAUUAGGAGGCCGGGAGGUACCUUUAGGUGCUUCUGCUCUUCCAAUGACCUUUCCUCAGAGUAGUAAGGGCCUGACUGCUACCCCCGAAAAGUUUAGUGUGCCACAUAGAUUGGCUUCUCUGCACAGAUUCCGGGAAAAGCGCAAGGAACGUAAUUUUGAUAAGAAAAUUCGAUAUACUGUCCGGAAAGAAGUGGCUCUUAGGAUGCAACGACAUAAAGGCCAGUUUACUUCGGCAAAGCCCAAUCAUGAUGAUUCAGCUUCUGCAGUUACUAGUUGGGGUUCGAGUGAGAGUUGUGGCUCAGACAAUAAUGGUUUGAAGCUUCAGGAGGCCUUUUGUCAGCAUUGUGGUACUAGUGAGAAGGCUACUCCAAUGAUGAGGCGUGGACCUGAAGGCCCCAGGACUCUUUGUAAUGCUUGUGGCCUUAUGUGGGCAAACAAGGGAACGCUAAGGGACCUCUCGAAGGCAGCACCCCAGGUUGGACAGGCCACUUCUGCUUUGAAAGGGAACCCUGAGGUGAGAUACUCCUGA